AGUGCCCCGUCGCCCGCCCCGUCGCAGAGUUAUGGUGCCCCUCCCGCCCCGUCACCAAGCUAUAGUGCCCCGUCGCCCUCCCCGUCGCAGAGUUAUGGUGCCCCUCCUGCACCGUCACCAAGCUACAGUGCCCCGUCGCCUGCCCCGUCGCAGAGUUAUGGUGCUCCGCCUGCCCCGUCACCAAGUUACAGCGCCCCAUCACCUGCCCCGUCACAGAGCUACGGUGCCCCUCCUGCCCCGUCGCAAAGCUACGAUGCCCCUCCUGCCCCGUCCCCAAGUUACAGCGCCCCAUCUCCUGCCCCGUCGCAAAGCUACGGUGCCCCUCCUGCCCCGUCCCCAAGUUACAGCGCCCCAUCUCCUGCCCCGUCGCAAAGCUACGGUGCCCCGCCCGCCCCGUCCCCAAGUUACAGCGCCCCAUCUCCUGCCCCAUCGCAAAGCUACGGUGCUCCCCCCGCCCCCUCCCCAAGUUACAGCGCCCCAUCUCCCGCCCCCUCGCAAAGCUACGGUGCUCCUCCCGCCCCAUCCCCAAGUUACAGCGCCCCAUCUCCUGCCCCAUCGCAAAGCUACGGUGCUCCCCCCGCCCCGUCCCCAAGUUACAGCGCCCCAUCACCAGCCCCGUCACAAAGCUAUGGUGCUCCACCUGCCCCGUCACCGAGCUAUAGCGCCCCAUCUCCCGCCCCGUCACAAAGCUACGGUGCCCCCCCUGCACCCUCACCAAGUUACAGCGCCCCGUCACCAGCUCCAUCACAAAGUUAUGGUGCUCCCCCCGCCCCAUCACCAAGUUAUAGUGCCCCGUCGCCCGCCCCGUCACCAAGUUAUGGAGCUCCACCCGCCCCGUCACCAAGCUACAGCGCCCCGUCUCCCGCCCCGUCACCGAGCUAUAGUUCCCCGUCCCCGGCCCCGUCGCAAAGUUACGGGGCUCCUCCUGCCCCGUCACCAAGCUAUAGCGCCCCAUCUCCCGCCCCGUCGCAAAGCUACGGGGCUCCUCCUGCCCCGUCACCAAGCUAUAGCGCCCCAUCUCCCGCCCCGUCACAAAGCUAUGGUCCUCCUCCUGCCCCGUCACCAAGCUAUAGUUCCCCGGCCCCGGCCCCGUCGCAAAGCUACGGGGCUCCUCCUGCCCCGUCACCAGCUCCAUCACAGAGUUACGGAGCUCCCCCUGCCCCAUCACCAAGCUACAGCGCCCCGUCCCCGGCCCCGGCACCAAUAUACCUUGCCCCGACCUCUCCAGUGUACCUCGCCCCGUCCCCCGCCCCGUCGCCAGGCCAGAGCUACCAGGGGUCAGGAGUGUCAUUUUUCCGCAAGGAGUUUGACUUUCCGUCCCUCACGGACCUCUUCGCCGACGACCACUGGGGCGACAAGGUGACGAGCUGAGACCCGCGCCCAGGGUAUAUAGUCUACACGACUCGCACAUAUCCCAUUCAUGUUGCCCCCCCCCCCUCCCCCCGCUACGCCCAAGACACGUCCUCCACUCCCCCACCCCUUCCCCUUUCGGCCUCUCCACAUGGUCAGUACAGGACCCCCUCUCACAUCCAGGAAGGCACCUCCAGCGGGUCUAUCAGGUGUCUGCCUUGCCUCAUCGCCCGGUUGCAUAUUCCUGAAGUGUCUGCGUGAUGGUCACCUCCCCGCGCACUGAGCCUUGGGUGACACGCGGGUUUAGGCUCACAAACUAACCCCGUAAUCCUCUUCUAAUUAUUCUUAUUGUAUUUCCCGGUUAAAAGUAUUGAUGCUCUCUUACACAUAGCAGUCAUAAGUAUACCAUGCAGGCCGGGUGGCGUAUUUUCCUUCUCUGUACGGGUAUGUGGCGUCCGCUCUUGAACAUGGCAAGUUAGGUUAGGUUAUGAUAAAUUAGGUUAGAGUAGGUAUAAUUAUGGUAAUACAAGGUAAUUUUGAGUGGGAAUUACAAUGGGAGUAUUUUCCAGAACACCCCUUGGUUAGUUUCGAAGGUACAGGCGAGCGUCUUCACUGAGGAACCACAUACCCAUUGAGAGAUUGGGAAUAUCUAUGGUAAUUUUGAGUGGGAAUUACAAUGGGAGUAUUUUCCAGAACACCCCUUGGUUAGUUAGAAGGUACAGGCCAGCGUCUUCACUGAGGAACCACAUACCCGUUGAGAGAUUGGGAAUAUACUAGGUAAUUUUUAGUGGGAAUUACAAUGGGAGUAUUUUCUAGAACACCCCUUGGUUAGUUUCGAAGGUACAGGCGAGCGUCUUCACUGAGAAACCACAUUGCCUACCCGUAAAGAGAUUGGGAAUAUGCCGCUGGGUGCUGCUCAGGAACAUGUCUCCCGCGGUCACUAUAAUUAUAUUCCCCAUCACGCCCAGCAAGACACCUCCAGCGGGACUAGCGGUGUCUUUGGUGGGCAUUCUUAGACGCUUCCUUCUCUUACCACAAUCUCUGCAGUAAUGGAUACAGUGCAGUGUCCUUACUAUACCUUCAACGUGUCUGCGUGGCAAGGGAUUGGGGUGUCUUGUAAGAUCAGGCCACACCGGAUAUGACACCACACCGGCUCCAGCAUCCUACAAGUGUAUUAUAAAAGUACAGAAGUAAAUAAAGGAACUAAACCAU